AUGGCGCUCAUCGUCGACAAACACCGGCCAAGAUCUCUGGAUGCCCUCACAUACCAUUCCGAACUAUCAGACCGCCUCAGGGCGUUGGCCCAAAGCGGAGACUUCCCCCAUCUCCUAGUCUACGGCCCUUCAGGCGCAGGCAAAAAAACCCGAAUAGUAGCAACCCUAAAAGAACUCUACGGCCCCGGCGUCGAGAAGAUCAAAAUCGACGCACGAGUCUUCCAAACGUCAUCCAACCGCAAGCUCGAAUUCAACAUCGUCGCCUCCAUCUACCACCUCGAAAUCACCCCUUCCGACGUAGGGACCUAUGACAGGGUCGUGAUACAGGACCUCCUCAAGGAGGUCGCGCAGACGCAACAGGUGGACCUGUCGGCGAGGCAGAGGUUCAAGGUGGUGGUGAUAAACGAGGCAGAUCACCUCACGCGAGACGCUCAGGCGGCUUUGCGUAGGACGAUGGAGAAGUACUCGCCGAACUUGAGGCUCAUCUUGCUGGCGAACUCGACUGCGAAUAUUAUUGCGCCUAUUCGGUCUCGUACGUUGCUUGUGCGGGUGGCAGCGCCGACUCACGAGGAUAUAUGUGAAGUGUUGGCUCAGUCGGCGAAGAAGGAGGGCUGGCCUGUGGUAAAGGGUCUGCAUCAGAGGAUAGCGGAGGAGAGUGGGCGGAAUCUACGAAAAGCGCUCCUCAUGUACGAGUCGGUGCAUGCCCAAAAUGAGAAAAUCACAGAUAGCACACCGAUACCUCCACCAGACUGGGAAGCCUUAAUCGGACAAGUCGCCAAGCAGAUAAUGGAGGAGCGCACGCCCAGAAGGAUCCUCGAGGUGCGAAGUCAGCUCUACGAUCUCCUAACGCACUGCAUACCCGCCACCACCAUUUUGACGACGCUCACAUUCAAGCUCAUCCCCAUGAUCGACGAUGAAUUGAAGGGAGAAGUUAUCAAGUGGGCGGCCUUUUACGAGCACCGCAUCAAGACGGGGACGAAGGUCAUUUUCCACUUGGAGGCGUUUGUGGCUAAGUUCAUGAGGAUACUCGAGAUGUACUUGAUGAGUAUGGAUAUGUAA